GUCUUUUGUUGAAUUGAAUUUUUGCGCUCAUUGCGUCAGUUGAGUGUUCCAUGCUUGUAAAAUACGUUUACUUGUUCGAGUUUAGUUUCAGUAUCUAAUUAUUCCAUGUAUUUUUGUUGUUUUGCUAAACCAUCAGUUAUCCGUAUUGACGUGUAAUCGAAUCCAACGCCUGCAGUAAUCGUCUGCCAACGCAAUGCCGGCUACGGUACGCGAGGAUGAUGGAGAAGCAUCCAACACUUCCGAAUCAGAGGAGAACACUCCCUCUCCUGAAGAAGUGAAGGAAGAAAAACCUCAAAAGUCGGUCGAAUUCGAUGCGAAAAUUAAACAUGAUCGUAGUAAACGAUUCGAUUAUUUGCUAAAACAAACCGAGAUUUUCACUCAUUUUAUGACCAACCCUGCCAAAGCUGCAGCUUCUUCUAGUCCGCCGAAACAGAAAGGAAGACCUAGGAAAGAUGCCGCGUCCAGUUCCAAUGACCCUGGAGAUCAUCGUCAUCGUAAAACCGAACAAGAGGAAGAUGAAGAAUUACUCGCAGAAACGAAUAAAAGUUCUAAAACCGUGACUCAGUUCGAUGCGAGUCCUUACUACAUUAAGAAUGGUGAAAUGAGAGAUUACCAAGUUCGAGGACUUAAUUGGAUGAUUUCGUUGUACGAAAACGGUAUCAAUGGUAUUCUAGCCGAUGAGAUGGGUCUGGGUAAAACCCUUCAAACGAUCUCGCUCUUAGGUUAUUUGAAACAUUAUCGAAGUAUCAACGGUCCUCAUAUGGUUAUCGCUCCUAAAUCAACGUUGAAAAAUUGGGUCAACGAGUUUCAAAAAUGGUGUCCGAGUGUAGUAGCUGUUUGCUUAAUCGGUGAUCAAGAAACUAGAAGUGCUUUGGUCAGAGAUGUUCUGCUUCCUGGUAAUUGGGACGUUUGCAUUACAUCCUACGAAAUGGUUAUCAAAGAGAAAUCCGUGUUCAAGAAAUUCAACUGGAGAUACAUGGUGAUCGACGAAGCGCAUCGUAUCAAAAACGAGAAAUCCAAAUUAUCCGAAAUCGUUCGAGAAUUUCGUACUGCUAAUCGUCUCCUAUUGACUGGUACACCUUUGCAGAAUAAUUUGCACGAGUUAUGGGCUCUGUUGAAUUUCUUGUUGCCCGAUGUAUUCAAUUCUUCCGAAGAUUUCGACGAAUGGUUCAAUACGAACGAUUUUGUGGAUAAUUCGUUAGUCGAACGUUUACACGCUGUUCUAAGACCAUUCUUACUGCGUCGUUUGAAAUCUGAAGUAGAAAAGAAACUCAAACCGAAAAAAGAGGUCAAAGUAUACGUAGGACUGAGCAAAAUGCAAAGAGAAUGGUAUACUAAAGUGCUCAUGAAAGAUAUAGACAUCGUAAACGGUGCUGGACGUGUGGAGAAAAUGCGAUUGCAGAAUAUUUUGAUGCAGCUGCGUAAAUGUACCAAUCACCCUUAUCUGUUCGACGGUGCCGAACCUGGUCCUCCUUACACUACCGACGAACACUUGGUUUAUAAUUGCGGUAAAAUGGUUAUUUUGGAUAAAUUGCUGCCUCGUUUGCAAGAACAAGGUUCUCGAGUUCUUUUAUUCAGUCAGAUGACCCGUAUGUUGGAUAUUUUGGAAGAUUACUUCUUUUGGAGAGGAUACAAGUACUGCAGAUUAGACGGUGGAACCUCGCACGACGAUCGACAAAGACAAAUUGACGAAUUCAAUGCCCCCAACAGCGAGAAAUUCAUCUUCAUUCUGUCAACCAGAGCUGGUGGUUUGGGUAUCAAUUUAGCCACCGCUGACGUUGUAGUUAUUUAUGACUCCGAUUGGAAUCCUCAAAUGGAUUUACAAGCUAUGGAUCGAGCCCAUCGUAUUGGUCAAAAGAAGCAAGUAAAAGUAUUCAGAUUAAUUACUGAGAACACAGUCGAAGAGAAAAUUGUUGAAAGAGCCGAAGUCAAAUUGAGAUUGGAUAAAUUAGUCAUUCAACAAGGUCGACUAGUCGAUAAUAAAAGUGCUCUGAAUAAGGACGAUAUGUUGAAUAUUAUCAGACACGGAGCCAAUCACGUUUUUGCAUCCAAAGAUUCCGAAAUCACUGACGAAGAUAUAGACCUUAUUUUGCAAAAAGGAGAGCAAAAGACCGAAGAAAUGAAAAAACAACUAGAAGGCAUGGGAGAAUCGUCUUUGCGAAACUUCACCAUGGAUGCUCCUACAGCUUCGGUUUAUAAAUUCGAAGGCGAAGAUUACAGAGAGAAACAAAAAGUAUUACCUGUCGGGCACUGGAUCGAACCUCCUAAACGAGAAAGAAAAGCAAAUUACGCGGUAGAUGCCUAUUUCCGCGAAGCUUUACGAACCUCUGAGCCAAAAGCUCCAAAGGCUCCUAGACCUCCGAAGCAACCGAUCAUUCAAGAUUUCCAAUUCUUUCCACCUCGUUUGUUCGAGUUACUCGAUCAAGAAAUUUACUAUUUCCGUAAAAGUAUCGGAUACAAAGUUCCUAAAAAUCCAGAACUAGGAUCUGACGCUAAUCGUGCCCAAAAAGAAGAACAACGCAAGAUCGACGAAGCUGAACCGUUGACAGAAGACGAAAUAAACGAAAAGGAAGAUCUACUUACCCAGGGUUUCAACUGGACGAAGCGUGAUUUCAAUCAGUUCAUCAAAGCUAAUGAAAAAUAUGGUCGAGAUGAUAUCGAUAGUAUUUGUAAAGAAGUCGAAGGUAAAACUCCGGAAGAAGUUCGCGAGUAUAGCGCCAUAUUUUGGGAACGCUGUCAAGAACUUCAGGAUAUCGAUCGAAUCAUCUCGCAAAUAGAUCGAGGUGAAGCUAAAAUUCAAAGAAGAGUUGAUAUCAAGCACGCUCUCGACGCUAAGAUAAGCCGUUAUAGAGCGCCAUUCCACCAAUUGAGAAUCGUUUACGGAAACAACAAAGGCAAAAAUUACACCGAAGAAGAAGAUCGUUUCUUAGUAUGCAUGCUACACAAACUCGGCUUCGAUAAAGAAAACGUCUACGAAGAACUGAAAUCGGCUGUACGAUGUGCCCCACAAUUCCGUUUUGACUGGUUUAUCAAGAGUCGAACAGCGUUGGAAUUACAAAGAAGGUGUAAUACGUUGAUAACAUUAAUCGAAAGAGAAAACCAGGAAUUGGAAGAAAAAGAAAAGGCCGAGAAAAAGAAACAUCCGCCUGCCGGUAAAAGGAAAGUCGAAAAUAAUACUACAAAGACUACUAAAAAGAGGAAGAGAUAAAUCCUCUUUUCAUAUUCUACUCGACUCAAAUUUUAAAACGAAGUGGACCUUUAGUUUUUUAUUUAUUUUUUUUAACGAUUAUUUUAAUUUGUUCACUCUGUUUACGUAAAAUGUAUAGCAUUGGAUUAUUUAUACGAUGUAAUCAUGUUACGAGAUGGGCUUUUGAAUUAUGAUUCUUGGCGGAGUCGCAUCUCUGAAAUUCCUCGUGUAUGACGAUUUAUCAAAUUUUGGUCGUCGAGAUUGAGUAUUUAUGACUACCCUGGAUGGAAAUUGCCCCUUUAAUUGAUGUUUGACCGAUGCGUUAUUAUUAUUGUAUGUUUGUGUCUGAUAUUUUGUGUUUAUUUUCUAAUUAGUUUUAUUUUUCAAUUAGUAAUACAAAUUAUGAUUUUUUCAA